CUUAUAUCGAUGUUGCUAAGGCAAUGUUGGGCAACAUUUGCACAAUGUCAGGCAACAUAGUAUUGGGGGGCUCGAGUGCAACGUGAAAAGCUGAGUGAAGCAGUUCGUGGAGUUUGUGGAGCUGUUCGCUAGCAUUGUACUUUGUGUUCCGUCGAGUGCUAUAAUUUAACAAAUCGCCAAGAAACCUGGGAGCUAAAUUACUGCCACUGCUUAGCAAAAGCAGCGUGGAAAUUAAGCGCAAACCGGAGACCAGCCAAUUCACAAACUAAUUAAAGACACUAAGCCAACCUAACUAAGACGCUCAUAUAAAACGCGUUAUUCAAACCGCCGUCCAUAUAAACAUUACAAAACAACAAAAAGUAAAUAAUAAGCAAAAAAAUAAUAACAACUUAAGAGUAAUUUAAAUAUACUCAUAAUACGUAAUAUACCGUAAUAAGUAAAAACAAAACACACACAUGGCGUUCAUUUCGAAAGAUUUUCGUUCCCCUGGCGAGGCUUGGGUCAAGACAGACGAAGGCUGGGAGCGCAAGAAGGUGCUCGAGUGUGGCGGCAAACGAAAGCGGCACAGCUCGGAGGGUAGCUGCUCGGAGGGAGCUAGCAGCAGCGAGGGGGAGGAGCCGGAAGCCGGUUGCAUGCCACCGCAUUAUCACAUUACGAUACGCUGCACCCGUGAGAUCGCCGGCUUCAAUGGACUGAGCGAGGCGGUGAAGCGACUCGAUUUCCGUCGCUCGGUGCGGGAUCGCAAGCGCUUCCAUUACAUUUGUGCGUUCCUGCUGCUUGUGUCCAACAAGGGCAUAGCCAGCCUGCCGGGCAGUGCUCAGCGUCAGCUGCUCCAAAUGGUCGAGGAGGUGGCCUCACACGUCAACGACAGUCAGCAGCAUCCGAAUGUGCUGCGCGGCUUGGCUCUAAAGCUGGAGCACAUCGUGAACCAGGAGAACCAGAAGUGCUGGGGCAAGCCGCUGGGCAGCACCUAUCUGUGGCAGGAGCACAUGGCCCGUAUUGAGCGCAUUCAGCGCGUGGCCAGCCAGAUUGAGAUCCGGGAGCCCGAUCCGCUGGCACGGCCCAAGCUGCACGAGCUGCCCGAGGAGUGCGUCCGCGAGAUAAUAUUGUGCAUUGCCGAUCAUCGUGAUCUCGAGUCGGCCGCCGAGGCCUGGGAGACCAUGGCCAGGCUGGUCUCGGAGCAGCGCAUCUGGCGUGAGCUGACACGCUUCCAUUUCAACCAGCGCCAGAUCAAUACCAUACUCGACUUGGACAAGAUCAAGCAGAUGGGGGAGACCAAAGACUGGAAACAGAUCUAUCAUCAGCUGCGACGCACCUACGGGGUCAACGAUGACUACCAGUUCGCUGAGGUGCUGGCACUGUGCCGCUCCUGCUGUUGCCUCUUCUGGCCCUCCGAUGGUCAUCCGUGCAUUAUCGAUCAGAGUCCCGACUACAAGCAGCGUGUCGAGGAGGCCGGCGGCCAGUUGGCGCUGGCCCAGCCCGUUCCGCCGGCACAGUUCUUGAAAUACUUCUCAUUGUAAGCUCGUAAGGCUAUCCAAAACUGACCAACGUGUGUGGCUGUGGGGCGGCAAGUGGCGUGGAGAGAGACUAAAAAGAUAUAUUCAUAUUUUUAAAGCCAGCGAGAGGGAGUGAGAGAAAGAGAGAGAGAGAGGGGGAGAGCGGAAGCUAAAACUGAUGAAAGCCUAAGAAAUAUGAGAAGCUUAUGUGUGUGUGUUAAAGUUUUAUGAAUUGAGUAAGGGGCAGAGCGAGAAAGGGGAGGAGAGGAGAGAGAGAGAGAGAGAGAGAGAUUUUGGUAGAGAGAAAGCAAAGUGAUAAAGUCUUAACAACACUACUUACUUAUUUGUAUUUAAAUUUUAAGAGCUCACUUCUAGGCUGGGUUCGAAUAGGUUUUGAUCUUGGACUAGACUUUGAACUCUGCAACGCAUUCGUACAUGCUAAAUGAAGUAUUGUUUUUAUCUAACCCAAACUAUCUCCAAAACCCUCAAUUGAUAUUUGUUGAAAUUGUUUACCCAUUAUCACGAUUGAGUAUCUGAUGGAGGAGUUGGUCAAAGAUUUUUGGUGAUAUAAAGCUGAAAGUGUGCAUCACAUUGGUUGUGAUCCCACAAAACGAACCGAACAACAGUCCCAAAAUGUAUUUCAGUAAUGUAAAAUGAACUGCCACAAAAGAAGAAAAACUAUAUGUUAUAAAAGAAAGAGAUCUUUUUGUGUUGGAAAACUAUUUUCGAAAAACUGAAUGCAGAAAAAACUAUUUGUUGCUCUUAACAAUUAUUAGACACAAUUUUGUGUAUGACUUUUAAACGAUCUUUUUAGCAAUUAAGUGUAGAUUAUUUUAUUGUCAGCUGUUUUUGGUGCUACAUUCGAACAUAAGUUACCAAGUUACCAGUUAUCCUUGCCCAAAACGUUACGAUAUUGAGAACCUUUAAAAUGUUACAAAAAAUAACUAAAAAUACAAUGAGAAAAAACGCAAAUAGAAAUCAUGUGAUGUUGCAGGAAGCAAAGCUAGAAACGAAUACACCUACCUAAAGAUAAAACACAAACCUAAAUCGAAAAAAAAUAUAAAUAGAAUCUGAGUAAAAUAAUGACAUAUAUGUGCUUGAAUACGUGUCCCAAGUGCAUCAGGAUCCAAGCCUAAUUUAAUCAAAUGUCGUCAGUCAAGCUGAAAAAAAAAAAAAAAUAUAUAUAUAUAUAUAUAUGUAUAUACUUGGAAUUUAAAUAAACCUAAGAUUGUCUAAAUGUCGAGCGGGUAAGAAAACCCAAACCAAAACACAUUUCGAGUGUAUUUUUAAAUCUAGACAACUCAAUGAUAAAUGCUUAAAGGCUUUUUGAUGUACGCGGAUCGGCUUAACGUGGCUGAGUUCCGCUCUCAUCCAAUAUAUGUAUAAAGUUAAGAUCUGAUUUAUAGCCAAAAACAACAAAUAUAUAAAUAAGUACAUAUGUGCAGAGUAUUCUGCACAAUAUUCUGCUUUUAACUGCAUGUCUAAUGCGUGAUCGUAUUUGUACGAACAUUUUUUUGUUUAAAAUAAAAUCUUAAA